AUGGCGCAAGCCGAGGCAGACAGGGCCUUGAUAAAAUUCAUGACCAUAACCGAUAGAGUCAACACCUCAGCAGUCACAAGUCCGUCAAUCCACACAAGUAGGGUGCGACUCGAGCAGAUCAGGGCCCUAUGGGACAAGGUGGAGAAGGAAUACGAGGCGUGCUCCGAAGCUCUGUCCGGUCUGGGAUCCACAGACACAAUAACAGUCAUGCAGUCCAAGUAUGACUACUGUUAUGCCGUUUACGAGCGGUGCGCAGCGAGCCUCAACGAGAUCAUUGAAGAAGGUUCACGCUCGCAACAGGCCGUUCAGGCCUCCAUUCCGGCGCCUCCUCAGGGAGGGUGUCGCUUACCCCCAGUCGAGUGCGACAGUUUCAGUGGGGACUAUGUUCACUGGCCCACGUUUCGGGAUCUUUUCUCAGCCAUCUACAUACACAACCCUCGGCUUUCAGAAGUUGAAAAGUUGUUCCAUCUCAAUGCUAAAACUAGUGGACGCCACAACACUCUCCUGCACCGAAACGGCACUCCACCAGUCCAGUCAGCGGUCAAUCCUGACCACCAGGCCCACGUAUCCACACUUAACCACCAGCAAGAUAUACAGUCCACUCCAUUAACGAAUCAACCGAAUGUGCAAACGUUUUUGGCUGUAAACACUCAAGGGGUCCUCCUGAGUACAGCUUUAAUAGAGAUUUGCCAUUUAGGCAUCAAAUACUCAGCACGGGCACUUAUUGACUCGGGUUCUGAGGCAACCUUUAUUUCAGAACGCUUGUUCAACUUGAUUGAGUUGCCUUAUGAAUCCAUCCAUGCUCAAGUUUCAGGGCUCAACCUCACUGUUGCGGCUCAGCCCCGUAAGCGCUGUCAACUCAGCAUAGGUUCUCCGGUCAAGCCCCACAUCCAAAUUAAGACUUCUGCAUAUGUACUACCACAACUGGCCGGGAGUCUCCCAUCCUUUACUUUACCUGAGGACUCUUUGAAGCAUCUGCCGCCUUUGCAACUAGCAGACCCAAAUUUCUACCGGAGUUCGCAGAUCGACGUUCUGAUCGGUGCCGAUAUCCUGCCAUCGAUCAUUCUCAGCGGCUCCCAUCCCAAUAUCUGUGGCACGCUUCUUGGCCAGGAGACCAUAUUCGGAUGGAUUCUUUGCGGUCCGAUCGCAACGAAUCCCACAAGCAGAAUAUGCUCAUUUUCGUCCCGACUAGCUGUCACCGAGUCCAGACUGGACAACAUUCUCACAAAAUUUUGGGAGGUGGAGGAUGUUCCAGUGAAGCGGGUUAGGGAAUCCACCUCGAUUUGCGAGGAAAACUUUGUCCAAUCUACCAAAAGGAACGAGGAUGGGAGGUCGAUCGCACUGGCUCAGUUCCUCCGAAACGAGAUUCGACUGAAUAAAGACGUUGCGUCAAAAAAGCAGUACGACUCAGUCAUUCAAGAGUAUUUAGAUUUAGGUCAUAUGCACCAAGUCUCUCCGAACGACUCUAAUAAUUUGUAUUUGCCCCAUCAUGCUGUCUUCAAACCAGACAGCACCACAACGAAGGUUCGCGUUGUGUUUAAUGCUUCCAAUCCUUCAUCAAACGGGAACAGCCUCAAUGAUAUCCUUCAUGCGGGGCCCGUACUGCAGUCCGAUCUUACUAUCCAGAUUCUAAAAUGGCGUUUCUUCAAAAUCCUCUUUCGCAAUAAGGAUGGAGAGCUCUGUGACUAUGAACUCGAUACAGUCACCUUCGGCGUAAACUGUGCGCCUUUCCUAGCCAUCCGCGUACUACAACAGUUGGCUCAGGAUAUCCGAGGCCAAUAUCCUUUGGCAAGUGACAUCAUCUUCAUGUACGUCGACGAUGUGCUCGCAGGCACUCACACUAAGCAGUCAGCAGUUUUAGCCAUCGAGGAGCUUCGGCUGGCUCUUGAGAGUGCUGGUUUUCCAUUACGGAAGUGGACCUCGAACGAAAGAAAACUCCUACAAGAGGUUCCAAAGGAGCACUUGAUUAGUGCAGACUUUCUUGAGCUUGAAGAGGCUAGUACGGCGAAAACUCUUGGGAUCCGUUGGCAAGCUACAUCUGAUAGUUUCUUUUUUAUUCCAAUGGGGAUCCACCUCCAAACUGCUUACACAAAACGAGAGGUUUUAUCUCAGAUAGCCAAACUGUUCGACCCAGCAGGAUGGCUAUCACCUUUCGUAGUCCGAGCCAAGAUUUUUAUGCAGAAAAUUUGGCUACGGGAGCUGAGCUGGGAUCAGCCACUCCCCAGGGAUCUCGCGACCCAGUGGCGGGAGUUCCUAGAAGGGUAUCCUGCCCUGAAGGAGAUUCGUAUUCCGAGAUGGGUACGUUUCCAUCCAGCUGCGAAACUUCAGUACCAUGCGUUUUGCGACGCGUCACAGGACGCCUAUGGGGCUGCUAUUUUCGUCCGAAUCGAAACGAAGGAAGGCUGUUGUACCCAUCUACUUACAUCCAAAACCCGAGUCGCUCCUGUCAGAUCCAUCUCCAUACCACGCUUGGAAUUGUGCGGAGCAGUGCUGCUCACGGAGCUGGCAGCUCUAGUAAUUUCUGAAAUGCCUCCUCAUGUUUAUGAGACCUUUUACUGGACCGACUCCACGAUCGUUCUUGCAUGGCUGAGUAAGCCAGCGUGCACCUGUACAACAUUCGUUGCCAACAGGGUCGCAAAAAUCGAACAGGGUACCGACGGAAGCAAGUGGGGACAUGUACGAUCCGAAGACAAUCCAGCUGAUCUGGCAAGCCGGGGCGUCUCACCCCAAGAGCUGAAGGACAGCGCACUGUGGUGGCGUGGGCCAGCUUGGUUGCACCUCAAACAGGAGCAGUGGCCGAAUGAGUUGUUGGUCCAUCCGGAGACUGAGCUUGAGCAGCGCCCCGUCAAAUGUCACACGGUCGCAGUGCCCUCAGCAGUUGAAAUCCUAGAGAGGUUCUCAGCCUUUGACCGAGCUCUGCGAGUUCUUGCUUAUGUGUUUCGUUUUGUGAAAAGUUGCCGGAGGGAAGGUGUAGCCUCAUCGGCAGAACUCACUGCGGCGGAGUUGUCGGAGGUGCAGGAGCGGUUAAUUGUGCUCACUCAGAAGAAUGAGUUUCCCGCCGAAUAUAAGGCUUUGAGCAACAAGCAACCAGUUCCACCCGCAAGCGCAAUUUCUAACCUAAACCCCUUUCUUGACGGGAAUGGUGUCUUGAGAGCAAGCGGCAGGUUACAAGCAUCUGAAAUGCUUAGUUAUGAUGAAAAACAUCCGAUCAUCCUUCCUGCACGGUGUAGGUUCGCCGAACUUCAAGUCUUGUUUAUCCGUCGCAUAUCCUUGCAUGGGGGGAAUCAAUUAAUGAUCCGACUGAUCCGUUCCAAAUUCUGGAUUCCCAAGCUUAAAAUGUUGGUGAAACGAACAAUACAUUCGUGCCGAGUGUGUGUCAUUCACAAGAAGAGACUGCAGACGCAGUUGAUGGGGAAUUUGCCCCGCGCGAGGUCCACGUUUUCCAGACCGUUCACCCAUACGGGAGUGGACUUCGCAGGACCAUUUGACGUCAAGAGUUGUGUCGGUCGAGCCUGCAAAAUCACAAAGGGGUACGUGUGCGUUUUUGUGUGUUUUACUACCCGGGCUAACCACCUCGAAGCGACCUCGGACUUGACUACAGAGAAGUUCCUGGCCGCAUUCUCCCGUUUUUUCGCUCGGCGUGGGUGUCCACAACACGUCUACUCUGACAACGGGAAAACGUUUGUCGGAGCUUCCACGUCCUUAUCAAAGGAUUUCAUUGAAGCUACCAGAACAUCGGUUUUAUCGCAGCACAGUCUUCAGAAUGUGUCCGGGCAUUUCAACCCUCCUGGCGCACCUCAUAUGGGAGGGCUUUGGGAGGCAGGUGUGAAGAGCUUCAAGUCGCAUUUUUACAAGUACACAGCCGCUGGGAAAUACACGUUCGAGGAACGGCCUACCCUCUUGGCGAAGAUUGAGGCCUGUUUGAACUCCAGGCCCAUCUCGCCAAUGUCCGAAGAUCCCACGGACCUUAUCGCUCUGAGCCCUGGGCAUUUUCUAAUCGGUGGACCAUUACUUGCGGUAGCAGAACCUGAGGUUAAAGAAGGUCCCAGCUCCAUUAUCAAUCGGUGGCGGAGGUUGAAAGCCCUGACUCAGCAGUUCUGCCUGCGUUGGAAGGAGGAAUACCUAAAGGAACUCCACAAAAGGAAUAAAUGGAAGUUCCCAACGCGAGAUCUCCAGGCGGGAGACAUGGUGGUGAUCAAAGAGGAGAACUUGCCAUCCAACGAGUGGCGACUUGGGCGUAUCCAAGUGGUCUGUCCCGGCGUGGACGGCAAGGUCAGAGUGGCAGACGCUCUCACAGCACGGGGGGUCGUCCGAAGACCAGUGGCAAAAAUGAUCCGCCUUCCAAUGGACUGCCCGAAUGAGUCGAAUGACUCCUCCAUACUUUAA